AUUCUGUUAUUCAAUGAAUAUAUGUUAUAUUAUGUUAUUUUCAAUAAAACACUAUAGGAAAUGAAUUCAAAACCUACCUCUUUUCUCAACAGACUGCGUUAUUCUUAUUUGAAGGGUGAUAAUGAGCAAAGCUGAAACUAUACUGAGUUCGAUUGUAUCCACAGUUGGAGCAAUCGCAAUUACAAUUUUAGCGUUGAAACUGGUUGGAUUUCUACGAAAAUUUUUUGUACGAGAAAGCUAUGAUCAUGGUCUGAGAUAUGGACAACACACAUGGGCCCUAAUUACCGCACCAACGUCCACCACAGGGAGUGGAUUUGCACUGCAACUCGCAAAACGGGGUUUUCAUAUUGUUCUUGUUGGUAGAGACAUUGAAAAAAUGCACAGACUGAGAGAUUUAAUAGUGUUGAAACAUAUGGUGAAGGUCCGAACAAUUGUGGCUGAUUUCCGCAAAGCAUUUUCUCUACCCUUUUACAACGACAUAUUGCGACAAGUUGAAGAUUUAGAUGUUUCUAUCGUUGUCAAUGCGGUCGGAUGCGCCGGAUUGUCAGAAAAAUUUCAUCAAAUGUCAGCAGAAAAAAUAAGAGAGUGUCUUGUUGUAAAUACGUUCGGUUGCGUGUUAUUGUGUCAACAAUUUCUUCCGAGACUUGUCCAGAGAUUUCAUCGAAGUGCAAUCAUCAACAUUAGCAGCGAGAUUGCACAUCAAGCAAUUCCGGGGAUGGCAGUGUCGUCGGGAUCAAAAGCAUUUAUUACGCAGUUUACAAUGGCCGCAGCGUACGAAUACAGAGAUAAAAUUGACAUUAUGGCGACACAGCCGUUAGCCGUUAAGAAAAAGAGAACUGACGGGGAAGAAGGACGAAAUUUGAUUAUCAUCGACUCGGAAGCAUUUGCAUCUGCUUGCCUUCGUCAACUAGGACACACCAGCACAACAUCAGGACAUUGGAUACAUGCACUUCAAUCCGGAUUUUUCUGGAUCUGGCCAAAUGAAUGGAAGCUCGCUGUCUGGGAAAAAUUUAUAAUGCCUAAACAUUUUGAAAUGAUCAAGGAACCAAGGCUCGUGUCCGCAUCUACCCUACAAUGAAUAACGCAAAAAGAUAAAAAUUCCUAAAGUUUCUGCUUUAAACGAUGCGCAUGUAGGUCUGAGAUAUCAAGCUUAAACAAAAAGCUUUUCUAUACACAUUAUAAAAAGUAGGCAAACUUUUAUCGCUGCUUCAUAUCGAUUGUAACAUUUGUUGACGUUUCAGAAGUUAUUGACAAUAAGUCCCCCAAUUAAUAGGCCGAUAUUCCGAGCAUAUAUAUGUUUAUGCCUAUGCUUGCUUCAAUAUAUUCAGUUAAAAACGACCACUUUUGUCACAUAUCUUCUAGUCAUAUGUAUGGUAGAUGAGAAAUUUACAAAAGAGCAUUAUUGUAGGUAUGAAGGGUUCGGUAAUUUACUUACCCGAAAAUCCUGAAAAUGUUGGAAUUGUAAGCACAAUUUGGUAUCAAUAUUCUGUUAUCGUGAAAAUGGGAAGUUGUCAGUGUAAACUAUAUGUCGUGUGGAUGCAUCAAAUUAUGAAAUUGUGGGUGUUCUGGAAGUCUUAGAAUACAUAUUUGAUAUCAUCUGCUAUGAUGGACGUAAGUGUGCGCCGACGUUCACAGAUAAACUGGAUACGAAUAAAAUAAAGGAAGUCGAAGUCAAUAAAAGAAUGUUUAAUUAUAAACACUGAUAUUUGAAAAGAAAUUGGAAAUGCAAUAUAAAGAGAAAUCACCUUUUGUGUUUAUAAAUACUCGGGGAAUGAAAAAUGUAGCAGUAGAUAAUGCUUAACAGAAGGCAGUGUACACAGUAUUAAGUAAAAUCCUUAUACAAAAUACACUGAACAGCACGUUAUAAAAACAAACUUUAACGGGACUCAAAUUAGUAGAAUGAAGAUCCAAAUGCAUCCAUUCCUGAUUAUUGGAUCAGAUUAUAUAUUCAUUUUCUAAGCUAUUUAAUUUGGUCAUGGCAAUGAAAAUUGUUUAGUUUGACAAUGAAUGAAAAAGUUGAGAAAAAUAUUUCUAAGAAAUGAAAUAUCUAUGGGCAGACAACGAUAGUCACAAUCUGAGCACAAUAAUUAUUCAUGUUCACUGAAAUUCCGAAGGCUUCCCCAGUUUAUGGAUUAACAAGAUGAAAAAUGGCUUGUUUGAAAGAAUAUUUAUUCGCUGAUGACACGGAAACGAAACACCAAUCCGGACUUUUGGUGAAACGCACAUUACCAGGGUGACAGCCAGGCUUGUCCGUGGGAACGGGAUUCCCAUGGGAAUGGGACAGCACACAUUUGUAUUUCCCAUGAGACAUGUGGGACACGAAUCAACGGAUGAUUUUCGGGGAAAUGAUGCUAAAACACUUCGUUAUGGACUUCGUGUCCAUAUAUUUGAACAUAGCUCUCUUGUUAGUUAUAAAGAGCAAAAUGUAUUCAGCAUUAACAAUAUACUUUG